UGGCCCGGCGCUGCUGGGCCCGGCCCGGCUCGGCUCGGCGCGGCCAUGGUGGAGCGGGCGGACGAGGCGCCGCUGCUCUUCUGGGCCGAGGGCCCGGCCGUGGGGGCGCCGCCGGCCGCGGCCGAUGCUGGAGGAGGUGGAGGUGGAGGUGGAGGAGGCGGCGGGCGGCGCCUGGCCGGCGGCUGGAGCGCGGCGCCGUGGGGAGGCGCGGAGGCGGCGGGGCCGCCGCGGGCGGAGGAGGACCCGGACCAGAUCGUGGCCGUCUUCGUGGUCACCUUCGACCCCCGCACGGGCAACAUGGUGGAAUGGUGUUUACCUCAAGAUAUCGAUUUGGAAGGCGUGGAAUUCAAAUCCAUGGCAAGCGGGUCCCAUAAGAUCCAGUCAGACUUCAUUUAUUUCCGGAAAGGGCUCUGUUUUGGCCUGGCCUGCUUUGCCAACAUGCCCGUGGAGAGCGAGUUAGAGCGUGGUGCCCGCAUGAAGUCCGUGGGGAUUCUGUCCCCUUCUUAUACCCUGCUCUAUAGGUACAUGCACUUCCUGGAGAAUCAGGUCAGACACCAGCUGGAGAUGCCAGGGCACUACUCCCAUCUAGAGGCAUUCUAUGAUGACAAGAAAGGAGUUCUCCCUGAUGGCAAGGGCACUGCCACAUCCCAGCAGCCUGUCCACUGGCUGCCGUCCAUCCACAGAUACAUGUACCCCGAGAUGAAGAUCACACACCCUGCUGGCUGUAUGUCUCAGUUCAUCAAAUUCUUUGGUGAGCAGAUUCUUGUCCUCUGGAAGUUUGCCCUGCUGCGCAAGCGCAUAUUGAUAUUUUCACCGCCCCCAGUUGGAGUUGUCUGCUACAGAGUGUACUGCUGCUGUUGCCUUGCCAACGUUUCUCUACCUGGUCUUGGAGGAACUGUCCCAGAGUCCAAACCGUUCUUCUAUGUGAAUGUGGCAGACAUAGAAAUGCUGGAGACAGAAGUAUCAUAUGUGGCCUGUACAACAGAAAAGAUCUUUGAGGAGAAACGGGAUCUCUAUGAUGUCUAUGUGGACAACCAGAAUGUGAAGACACAUCACGAGCAUUUGCAACCACUCCUGAAAAUUAACAAUGCUGACAAGGAGAAGUACCGACGGCUCAAUGACCAGAGGCAGAUGUUAAUGUAUUCUCAAGAAGUGGGUGAGGAUUGUAGCUCAUGUGAAGAGGACCUUUUCAUCUUGUUUUUCAUGGAGCAGAACAACCGGAUAUUUCAGACCCUGAUGGAAGUGUCAGCCAGCCAGGACAAGACACUGACAGCUGAUCACGCACGAGGCAUGGGUCUGGAUCCCCAAGGGGAUCGAAGUUUCCUAAUGGACCUCCUGGAAGUCUAUGGCAUUGAUGUUAUGCUAGUCAUUGACAACCCCUGCUGCACUUAAACCAAGGGCCAGAGAGAUGGGGAACAAAGAUAACUUUUUAAAGACUAUCAGACAUUGCUUAGGAGCAUCACUGGAACUCACCACAGCCACUGGACAGAUCUCUUUUUAUUUAAUAACUUUAUAUGGAAAGUAUUUAUAAUUUUACAACAAAAUGUGAUUUUAUUUUUACCACCUCGAUUUCCUCAAGAAGUUCCUGCUCCAGUUGUUUUUUUUUUGUUGUUGUUGUUUUCAUCUCCGCUUCUUUGUCAUUUGUAUUUUUUUUGUUUAGAUAGGACCAGUGGAACCUCUGCACCAACCCUCAGUGGUGCCAGUGAUAGCUAAGUUUUGGCCUAGUCUGGAUGCCUGAGGGCUGAGGACUUCAGGAAAGCACUUUGUCUGAUGGGGACCAAUGUGAAAUGCUGUUGCUGAGCUCUCAAGACUUGACUGGAAAAAACAUCCUAUCAUUUCCUCUUCUACUUGGGGACCGAAGAGAGCUUCAGCACAGGUUGUUAGUGGCCCGGUCUCAUAAAACAUCUCCUGUCCCACCAUGCUUUUGGGUGGGGACAGUUAAACCAAUGAUAAAGAAUAGGACUCCUUCAACCACCCCUCACCCAGCUUUCAGCAGCUGAAUUGGAAUAAAGCCACCCUUCCUCAUCAAUGGCAUCAGCAAUUCUGGGAUGAGGGGGUGCUACAGGAACUAAUGACUUUGCUUACCAGAGCGGCACGGUUUCACUUUCAGCACUGGAGGUGGUAUAAACUGUCAAAGACUGUACCUCCCUAUCUCUCGGCUGGAGAAGAGCACCAUCUCUACAUAAUCCCUCCUUCCGCUUCCUCUGGUUUUCAGUUGUACUGAACCUGCUGCUUUGGAUUAAAAUCUUCAAACCAGCAA